GCCACUUAUUGAGCUCUGAUAUUACAGUUCUAUAUUGUAGUCAAAGCAGGUAUAUUUGCGCUGUAGAAUAAAUUUCAUGACAAACUGUACAAGUAGUAAUAUUCGCAUAGUAAUGUCGAAAUAUACUAGCGUCUGUACUCAUACGAAAGUCAGAAACAUUGGGUCUACAAGUAGAAAUCGAGAUGAUGACGACAACUACAUUGGACAGUGUUGGAAAUAGCGAUGGUGGAGUUUAGUGAUUGGUAGAACUUGGCCCCUGCCAAGAGAACGAUAGUACCACUCCUCUCAUACCGCUUACCCCGCGACAAUACGUCUAUCUCACCUUCGUAGAGAACGCGCAGUUGUGAUGGGCUCGGGUGAAUGCGGCCACCUGUUGCACCAGUGUGUAGUCGACGCCGGAUUGCGAUCGUGAAUCAAUCUCAAAUAGCUCCGUUCGGUAUGGAUCAUUUGUCAAAUGAAUUAUAAGAUUGAUGUGAAGCGAUUUCAAGAUUACGAUAUUCUAAGCUGCUUAAAGAAACUGCUUCAUUGCUUAAUUGUGAAAAUUCUGCAGAAACGAAGGAAUUGUUUAUCGUUAAGCUACAACUAAAAAAAACAUUAGACUCAAGAAAAAAAUUGUUGACGGUGUCUGAACAGUAAGAAUGUCAGCCUCAUUGAAAUUGGCGGACGAUCAGCGAUUCGCAUUAAUGAAAUUCAGACGAUCCGUGCAAGAUGUCUUGCAACCACACCAUGAUGAUAAUUUUCUGCUUCGCUGGUUGAGAGCAAGAAAAUGGGAUCCUACUGUGGCUGAGAAAAUGUUGAGAGAUUCUCUGGAAUGGCGAAAAAAAUGGGAUGCCGAUAAUUUAUCUGAGUGGGAACUUCCUCAAGUAUUUAAAGAUUAUUUACCUUAUGGAUUAAGCGGAUUCGAUAAAGACGGUGCUCCAGUCAUCAUCGUACCGUUUGCCGGCUUAGACAUGUAUGGAAUAUUACAUGUAGUAACACAGAAGGAAUUCAUUAAAUCUACUAUAAAAGUUUUGGAUGACUAUUUAAAAUUAGCCAGAGAACAAGCUAAACAACAUGGGCAAAUCGCUAAUCAACUAACAGUUAUUUUUGAUAUGGAUGGAUUUAACUUGAAACAAUACAUGUGGAAACCAGCUGGUGAAUUGGUCCUUAUACUUAUUCAAAUGUACGAGGCGAAUUACCCGGAAAUUUUAAAAAUGUGCUUUAUCAUUAAUGCACCGACAGUUUUCGCUUUUGCAUUCUCCAUCGCAAAGAGAUUCAUGAAUGAAUAUACACUAUCAAAAAUAGAAAUAUAUAAAGCCGAUCCACGGAAAUGGCAAGCAGCUAUAUUUAAGAUUGUGCCGAAAAAUCAGCUACCCGCACACUUUGGUGGUACAUUAACAGAUUCAGAUGGCAAUCCGAGAUUCACUUCCAAGAUUUGCCAAGGUGGUAAAAUACCAAAAGAUAUGUAUAUCAGUAAUGCAGAUAAACUAAAUGAAGAUUAUACUACUGUCGUUAUUCGAAAAGGCAGGAAAAUUGAAUUUGAUGUUUCCGCUUCCGAAGUGGGCUCGAUUUUAAGUUGGGAAUUUCGGAGCGAAGGUCAUGAUAUAAAAUUCGGAAUCUUGAGAAAAGAUACAAGUGGUACAAAAACAGAAGUUAUACCCAUCCGAAGAGUCGCAUCCCAUCAGUCAGAAGAAAUCGGAAUACUAAAUUGUGAAGUUCCAGCGAUCUAUUCUAUUGUUUUUGAUAAUACUUACAGUUUUCUAAGGAAUAAGAAGGUCCAUUAUUCGGUACGCGUUUUACCACCUAUGCAAGAAACAGAGGCUUCAACAUCAGUUGAAUAAUGAAACGAGUUUUAUUAGGAAAAUUAUAAGGGUGUCCCAAAAUUCACACAAGAAGUAAUUUUGAUAGAAAA